UCUAAAAGCCAUAGAAAGAAAACUCUCUCCUUCUAGAGACAAGAGUUGCUACUUCCUGCCCCUUGUAAUCAUGAGUCCUUGUUUCAUCAUUCCUAUGAGAGUCUCUCACUCUCUCUCCCCGAACAUAAAAAAAUAAUAGUUCCAGCUAUAUAACUUGCUAUUUCUCUCAACUUCUACUCAUCCAUUAUCUUACAAUUGGAGAAUUCAUUUGUGUUCAUCGAAAGCUACCCCCAAGUCCCCAAUUCAUAAUGAUCAUGUGCAGAUGAAGAAAUGUGUAUGGACACCCUUUGAAUUGGCUGUGCUCGAUCCAAGUUAUUCCACCUUUGGCCAGCAGCAGUUACGGAAGGGACUUAAAAUGCGAGUUCACAAGCAAUAUAGGAAGAGAUCACUAAAGAAAGAAAGAGGAAAGGAAAGGAUGGAAGCGAUAAAGAGGGAGAUGGAAACCAAGAACCAAAAGCUGCUCAUCCAGAACCGAAACAUUAUUCAAGAGAAUGAGAGGCUGAGGAGGAAAGCACAACAACUUGACCAGGAGAACAAAAAAUUAAUGUCUCAACUCCAAAAGGUCUAUAUUUGUUCUUCUCUGUUCGGUGAUAAAGUUAGUUCCAUAGGGUCAUCAAAUCCUAUGGAACAAGAAGGAAGUACUCUGAUUAUCAGACUCUCCCCUGUCAAAAAUCAUGGGACUGAACGGCUGGAACCCUCGCAAAGGACGGGAGCCCCCGCAAGAGAAGGCAUCCCAAGAAAGAAAUACUUUGAUUAAUGAAGAAGGGGGGGGGGGGGGGGGGGAAUAAUAUUGAAAUCUACACUGCCAUGUAUCUUCAAUUUUGAAGGUAACAAGAAGGAAAAUAUAAGAGAGAAAAAUGUAUGAUAAGGUAUAAGCUAGAAAAGCAAAAGAAAUAUAUAAGCAAUAACAGUUACAUUUCUCUUUUGAU